AUCUCAAUGAAGCUGCACAGUUGGUUUCGUCGCUUAACCAAGAAUAUAUUAACCUAGGUUCAUUUUCUUAGAUUCCUGGGAGAUUAAAGUUCAAGUUUUUGUAACUGACCACAUAAAGCAGACGGCACCAAGUAAGAUGGCGCAAAACCGGCGAUACUCAAAGGAAGAGGUGGAACACGCUUUCAAGAAAAUGCCCAGUUUUUCCGACGACGCGAUUGACAUCGCCGAUGUGGGCGACUUCCUGAAGAAGAUGGCCUACACCUGCACCCAGGAGCAGCUGGACGGGUACAUCAAACAUUUGCGCGACUGUCACGACAGCAAAUUUACCAUGGACUUCGGAAUCGCUGCCUUUGGCGUGAUUGACGACACGAAGGAACUGAUGCGAAUCAACGUGACAAUGCUGGACAAAGACAUGGCUCACAAUCGUCGAUUUUCCAACCUCGAGGUGGAAGUCGCCUUCAAGAAGAUGCCGACCUUUACCGACAACAAGAUUGACCUCAGUGAUAUGGACGCUUUCCUGAAAACCUUGGGCUACACGUGCUCAAAAGAACAGAUGGACGGAUACAAGGAAUAUAUUCGGGACUCGUACAACGGAAAAUUAGUUCUGGAAGAUGUCACGGCUGCCUUUGCCGUGAUAGAUGACGCAAAAGAAAUCAUGAAAAUCCACGUGGUGGCGAUGGACAAGGAUAAAAAUGGAUUUAUUGAUGAAGCUGAAUUUAAAUCUGGUGUCAAAGUUCUGCUAAUUCACGACCCGUCCUUAAAUAAAAUUGACUAUGCCAAGUUUGUCCAGGAAGCGGACACAAAUAAGGAUGGAAAAGUUAGCAUUGCCGAGGCUGUGGAGUGGUUUUGCAAAAAUGCCAAAAAGUAAAAAGAAUUUCGCGCAGGGUGAUGUUGUGAGUAGUAACGUAAAUAAAUAGCUUGUUUGAUUUUA